GCUACUGUCUCUGCUGCCGCUGCAAAGGACACAAUGCUUCUUCUUAAUGAGGAGCUCCGGUUGUGCACGGUUCUUCUGAGCUGAAAACAGAUGCGGCUGGUUCUCCGGUGGACGCAGAUGUCGAUCAAACUGCUUAAAUCUGUUCGGAGAUAAUAGCCGAAGUCCCCGGCGGACCAUGGGGCCGGUGGAGCUGCUGCUGCUGGGGCUGCUGGGGCUGUGCUCUGCUCAGCUCUGUGCAGCCGGCUGCAGUGAGCGGGUGGAGGUCCAUACAGAACGCAGAGGUGUCAUCUACAGCCCCUCGUGGCCUUUAAACUACCCCGCUGGAGUUAACUGCAGCUGGCAUAUCCAGGGAGGUCAGGGGGAGGUCAUCACCAUCAGUUUCCGUAACUUUGACAUCUUGGAGUCGGAGCAUUGCGUCGGGGACUGGCUCAUGAUGACGCCCACAUGGAACGGGGACUCCAGGCUGUGUGGGUCCAUGCUGCCUCCACCUUUCAUGUCCACCAGGGGGCGUGUUUGGCUCUACUUCCACUCUCAGACCAACAGCUCUGGACAAGCUCAGGGCUUUCGACUCUCCUACAUCAGAGGUCAUCUGGGUCAGAGCAGCUGUCAGUCCGAUGAGUUCCUGUGUGGGAAUGGGAAGUGUCUUCCUCGCUCCUGGAAGUGCAACGGCCAGGACGAAUGCGGAGACGCCACAGACGAACGCAGCUGCUCCCCUCCUCCUACCGAGGCCCAGUCUGGACUCUGCCCCCUCGGUUCUGUUCCUUGCACCCAAGCCCAGUCCACCCGCUGCCUCCCUGCAUCCUUACGUUGUAACGGAUCCCCAGACUGCCCGGACCGGACCGACGAGCUGGGCUGCCCCGACACCACCUGUGGGAAACGUUUGGGGAACUUCUACGGUUCCUUUGCCUCCCCAGAUUUCUUCCGGGCCAACAGGAGCGCCACGGUGGAGCUGAGGUGUUCCUGGCUGCUGGACACCCAGGACCCCAAACCCAUCGUGCUGCAGCUGGACCUGCAGCUGGCCGGGGACUCCCUGCAUGUGUACGACGGCCUGCUGCAGCGGGCGGAGCACCUCCUCCAAGUGUUGUCGUAUCAUAACAACAGACGGCCGGCCCUGCUGGAGUCCAGCCGCGGACAGAUGAGUGUGUUGUACCUGGCACAGCCUCACAGCCCUGGACACGGCUUCAAUGCAACAUACCAGGUUAAAGGUUACUGUUUCCCCGGUGAGCGUCCCUGCGGCAGCGAUCAGGGCUGCUUCUCUGAGCGUCAACGCUGCGACGGAUACUGGCACUGCCCGUCUGGCCGCGACGAGGAGUCCUGCCCCAUCUGCCCUGAGGGAGAGUUCCCCUGUGAGGGCGCUAGUGGAGUGUGCUACCCGGCCUCUGAGCGCUGCAACAACCAGAAGAGGUGUCCAGACGGCUCAGAUGAAAAGAACUGCUACGACUGCCAACCUGGAAACUUCCACUGCGGGACCAACCUGUGCAUCUUUGAGACGUGGCGCUGCGACGGCCAGGAGGACUGCCUUGACGGGAGCGAUGAGAGGGACUGCCUCGCAGCGGUGCCCAGGAAGGUGAUCACAGCGGCUUUGAUUGGCAGUCUGGUGUGCAGUCUCCUUCUGGUCAUCGCCCUUGGAUGUGCACUCAAACUGCACUCCCUCAGGAGCCGAGAGUACAGAUCAUUUGAGACUCAGAUGACUCGAAUGGAGGCAGAUUUUGUUCAGAGAGAGGCUCCACCCUCUUAUGGUCAGCUGAUCGCCCAGGGUCUCAUCCCUCCAGUGGAGGACUUCCCAGUGUACAACCCCACACAGGCAUCUGUGUUACAGAACUUGCGCUUGGCGAUGCGCAGACAGAUCAGACGUCACUCAACACGACGUUCCAACUCCUCGUCCUCCCGGCGGCGCCUGGGGAACCUGUGGACUCGUAUUUUCCACAGUGGAGGGAGAGCCCGAGGCCACGCCCCCCUUCUUGAUCCCCCUGGACCCACUCAGAUCACCUUGGGGCUCCACAGCUACCGAACUGUCGCGGAAGCGGGGCCUCAGUCCAGGUCUGGAGCUGGAUUUGGGGAUGAAGCUGAUUUAGUGCCACGUUCCUGUUGCUCAGCCAACAUGGACCUGCAGCCCUGUUCAUCAGAAAGCCCUCCAUCACCUCUGUCUCCACAGUCAGUGGGCAGUCAAGAGGAGGGGGAGCUGUCACCUGUCAGCAGGGGCCCACAGUCCGAGCCUCCCACUCCCGGACAGAGUAACUAUUCAGCCCACAGCGGACAUCCUCUCACCCCACAGGAAGCCUCUGCACCCCCCUGCCAUACCCGUGUAUCCAGGAAACUAGUUCUGGAGCUUGCCGUUAACCUCAAGGGUGUUUCAGUGAGACGGUACUCCCCCCUCGGGCCCUUGUCUCCUAUCUCACCCCCUGUGUUUCCCAGCAGCUCCCAGACCUCCACUACCCAACGUGACAAAGAGGGGUCAGAUGUGACUUCACCCUCUGACCCCUCGCCUUCUUCUGUAAAAACAGAGGACAGUGACAGCCACCUAACUCCAGAAGUGCCAAGCAGGGAAAUAAAAAGCAGGGGGAAAAGGAGUAAGCGCUAUAGGCCCAGCAGGAGACCCCUGAGCGAUGAGGGAGGGAACCCAGGGAGGGGGACGACACCGUGCUGAGGAGCUGAAGAAGAUAACUCUCCUUUCGCUCUUUGUAGACCUGAUGCAAUAUCUGUUCUGCUAAAGUGACCUUGAAAGUGUCCCCAAAACCUCCAGAUGUUAGACCAGUACCUCAGCCCUCCACAAGGGGGAGCAGUUGAUCAAUGUGGUUUCCCUUCUGGACAAUAUGAAUAGCUCAUAUCCAUCUCAACAAUGUGAAUGGGUAGAAACUUUAUGCAGUCUUUUCCUUAGAUGAAUAAAACCAGCGUUUGUAGUGUCUCACAUUAUGAAACACGCACUGUAAGAGUGACAAUGUAAGACGUUUGGGUUAUAUCAACAGAAAAAUCAUUUCUGGCCUUGUAUUGGCAAACAUGUUUCACAGCGCCAAAGCAGCCUUUGUGUCGUUACCCAGAGCCAUUAUGCACCGCUAUAUACUGUGAACCAUAAAAGCCUAUUGCAUGAUCACAGAUGGUUCUCCCUUUCACAUCACAGACUGAGGUUCAAUGAUGCCGCCUUUUGUCAGUAUUUAUUAUCCAAACAUAGAACAUUUCCAGUACAAUUCAAAGAAAAAUUAUUUUAUUAAUAGUGUGGCCACUUUUAUGAAACCUUUUCCUCAUGAUGUUUUAUUAGGCUAACUUCACAAAUCUGUAUUUUACUAUAUACAGUCGCGAAAAAAAAUUAUUAGACCAUCAAAGUCAUCAAAAACAAUGGUUACGUAAUCAAGUACUAAC